AUGGCGGAUACUUGGGCAUCGCAGUUCACCAAAAUGGAGUCGUUUUUACCGCUGGGCGGCUUUCAGCUGCCCUUUCAGAAACGCCUCAGCAGACUGUACAACGAUACUAAGAAGUCAACCGACUUUGUCAAAGAGCCAAUUCAAAAUGAGGAAGAUCCAGACAUCAAGGCUCUACACCGGAAACUCCGCAUUCAGAAAGAUCGUCUAGUGAGUUGGGGUCUCGAAUGGUCUGAUCCCACUCAAUCUGUUGAGAUCGAUGAGUCUCUAUCAAAAGCUGGGUUGAGUGAGGUUGUUGGAAGUAUCAUGUCCACCAUCAAGGACAUCCUAGCAGAAGCUGAGCCUCUUUGGCUAAGCUCAAAGCGCAUGAUUUCAGCACCUGCUACGUCAAAAGAUACGAAGCCGCCGCUGGUUCAAUGGGAUAAGAACCAUUUUGAGGAUUUGGUUAAUGACCUUACUGCUUCAAUUGAUACACUCUACGAUCUGUCGCGGACACGAGCAGCGGCUGGUGGAAUCCCAAGAAGAUCAUCGAAGACACCGUUCAAGUCCAUGUCGUCUACCGAGGAGUACAGGCCAUUCGAGUCCAGCCGCAUGCAAACGCCUCAGCAAAUUAACCCCCAGACGCUAACUCAUCUGCGGCCUAAGCAGGGUAAUGAGGCUUCUGCUCCCCGAGAGGUGGUCUUUAUGAGCAAGACUGCUUAUUCUGAACUAACACAUGGAACGACUCGCCAACCAUGGGCACCUCUGCUUUUGGAAUAUGCAACCUUCGACUCAAUUUAUGCCGUGACGGGUAUCAUGCCUCCCAUGGCUCGCUUUGAGAAACUAUCCGCCGGCCUGCAGCAAGAUUCUCAGCGAUCGCCUGGUACAUGGACUGGACUACCUCGACUUCUUGGCUAUUUCGAAGACCUAGAGAACUCGAGACUUGGCCUUGUCUACCGAUUCCCUCCCUCAUUCAACGCUGUCUCAUUUGAGCGUCUCACUAAGAAUCCUUCUUAUAACCUCCCGACUCUGAAUGAUCUUCUCUCUGUUCCAGGAUCAGAGCCUAAGCUUGAGGCCAAGUUCAGACUUGCUCACAAUCUGAUGAACACUGUUUUCGACCUGCAUGCUCGCGGCAUUACCCACGGAAACAUUGCUCCAACCACUGUCUCAUUCUGUGAUGCAGUCACCUCGCAACCGGGUGCGACUAAUGGCGAGGUGGAUAUUCGACGUCCUCUCCUUUCUUCUUUCGAUCUCUUUCCCGAAGAUACCCCUUCGACAUCACCAAUUCUUUCCCGCCAUCCCCUCGACCCACGCAAUGCCCAAUCAUCGCCUCUUGUCAAUAAUUCUGACCAGAGGGUUCUGGACCUGUAUUCCUUAUCCACUCUGUUGCUCUCAGUUGGCUUGUGGAAGAAAUUUGAGGAUAUUGUCCCCGAGGCAUCUGCUUCUAUUCCUGACUCGGCCCUGGAAGAGCUUGCUGUCAGGUGCGGCAGCCUAUAUAUGAAGGCCGUUCAAGUGUGCUGGACCGCAGUUGAUGAUGAGCUUGCCGGACGAUCGUCUGGUGAAUCAUUGCUGUCGUCGGUGCAAGUUCGCUGCAGUCGCUUUUUAGAAGCCUGCUGUAUCUUGGACGGUGUUAGUGGUCUGGAGGAGAGGCUGGACCAAGAGCUUAACCCCUCUGAGACGCCAGCCCCUACCAGUGACUCGACCUCUAUGAAGAUGAACAAGGAUGUAAAGGAUGCCAAGGACUUCAAGUCAUCACUAAAAGCUGCAAGCGAGAAGCCAAUGGCGGCAUCAUCGCCUAACUUGGGAACAGAAAAAAGUGCUUCCAAGUUUGAGGCAGUCGCUGAUCAAGAUGAUGCCCUUGAAAAGCAGUCAGAAACAAAGAUGCGUUUAUAUCCCCAUGUACCGCUAGCGCCAGAAGUCGUGGAGAAGUGGAAUAAGAAUCUUAUGCCCCAGAUCAACCACGCUCUUCGUCAUUUUUACCGCAAGCACCCCGAGUCGGUCGAGAUCUCUCUUGAGUCAGUAGGCCCGAGCCCUCAGAAGACUCAACCCACAGUACUUGUUGUGUGUACAUCUGUUGGAAAAGUCCGGGCUAUUCUUAAGAAGAGGCUUGGUGACCUCUUCGAUGGAAGUAACGGCUUCGGACUCAAAGUCUGCCGGGGGCAUGUGUUAAGAUCUCGCCGACAGCCAAACUCCGUUCUGAGAUCCAUGGCUCGAAGGAGUGCUAAGGGUACUGGACUAGAAUCGGACGAUCUUGAAGCUAUCAACCCAGAGUAUCAAGAACGCCCGGGUAAUGGUGCCAGUAUUGGAGCCUGGAUUGGAGAUCGGCAUCUGCCCCCUGUUAGCCUCGGAGGCCUCGUCAUGGUUGACGACAAGCCUUACGGAAUGACAGUCCACCAUAUGUUAGACGACCCAGAUCGUGACUUUGGGCCCAGUGACACCCUCAGGUGCAGUGCUCUACCUGACAUGGACUGGUACGCGCAAUCUGGUGACGACAGCACUGUCGAUGAUGAGUUUGGCUACGAGCUCUCUGAUACCGAAUCCGAGGCCUACUCGGAUUCCGAUAUCACCAGUGACUAUGAGGACGAUGAGGAUGAAGACGAAGACGAGGAGUAUAACGAGCCUGGAGAUAUUCCUGGCAUCGAACCAGGAUGUGGUGAUGGAUACAUCGUCACACAGCCGGCUCUCGAUGACGUAGAAGAAGGCUUCUACCCUGACCCAGAGACUCAAGACGAGGAUCACCUCGACACUUACAGCGUCGGCGAGGUGUAUGCUUCAAGUGGCAUCCGCAGGAAGCAGGCCCUUGGACUCGUGCAUGAGGUUGACUGGGCUCUCUUCGAAUUCGCUCACGAUAGGCUGCCUGACGACAACACCAUUCCUCGCAUUGAUGACAAGUCGCCUGCUCACAAGGUCGAUGGAAAGCAAACAGCUGGGUCGCCUGUGUUGCGGCCAACAACUGUUGCCCCUUCAGACUCCUUGCCAAACAUGGAGGUGCAGUGUAUGGCUCGAACAAGUGGUUUGCAGACUGGCAAGAUUCUCCCUGCUCUGACGAGUGUGAAGAUCUACGGCCGUGUCUCACCAAGCCAUGCCUAUCAAGUCAUCAGCGCGGACGAAUCAGAACAGGGACCUCACAGCAAGAAUGUCCCUCUGGGUAUCCCUGGUGACAGUGGUGCUUGGAUCGUCAGCCGUGACGAGGGUCAGCUUUGCGGACACGUUCUUGCAUGGAGUCAGCGCAAGCGUGUUGCGUACAUCUGCCCCAUGGACGUCCUCCUCUGGGACAUCGCAGAAACUCUGGAGGCUCACGAAGUAAAGCUUCCGGGAGGACAGGCCGUGGUGACCCUCAACAGGUCGGAGACUCACACCGCCUCUAAGAAGCAAGAGGCAUCUAAUCUCGAGCUUCAUGACGAAGAUGACUUAUCGGACUUGGUUGAAGAGGAGGAAGAUCUGCCCCCUCAACUAGUCACGUCACCUGACCUAGUCAGAGACACCCCCAGCAUGAGAAAGUCACCCGUCUCCAACUGCAGCGGCGUCAGCGAUCGGAGCUCCUCAAGCCCCAUCCGCCUGGACACAUCAAGUGACCUGAGUGGUAUCUCUAAUCGAUUUGAAGAGAUGAGUAUGAGUGGUAGUUUUGGGAUAGGCGUUAGCGGUUGA